CUUACUUCGUUCUAUUACCUCCAACAAGCUCCAUACCUUAAUAUCCUCCUUUCUCCAGCCAGAACGAUGUCGCAAAUCACAGACGAGUCCCUACGUGAGGCCAUCAAGCAGCGCCUCGAAGCUACUCACGUUGAAGUCACAGACAUGUCUGGUGGCUGUGGUCAAGCCUUCAACUCUGUCAUCGUCUCUCCUCAAUUCCAGGGCCUCAACUCUCUCAAGCGUCACCGCCUCGUCAACGCCGCCCUCAAGGACGAAAUCGCCAUUAUUCACGCCUGGACCGCCAAGUGCCAGACACCCGAGGAGUACGCAAAGACGAGCGCAGCCAACGACACCGCGCAAGCGCAGCCAUAGAUCACCUUUUCUUUAUCUUCCACGAUGUCGGGGUUAUACUACAUGGAGUUUCUGCAUAAAAAGGGCACGCGACAGGCAUAGGGAUGGUAGGGCGAGCAUGUAACGGAGGGUCUAGAUAACGAUAUCCGUACGUAAGCGGUCUUUACGCCGCUGUACAUCACGAAGUAACAAGAAAACCAAGGAAUC